UUGACAUUGACGGUUAUAUUUUAUUUUUAAUUCUGAAAAGUAAAUUGCUCUCGAUUUUAUAAAAUCUGUGAAUAUUGUGAAAUAUGACGGUGUGGUGCUAAGUUCUCUGGCUUAAUUAAUAUUUAUGGUGUUAUACGCAUAAUUCUCCAACUGCGAAAUUAACAAGUUAAGGUCCUUUUCAUAGUUGCUUCAGUUAGUACUUAGUAAGCGCUAACAGAGCCUGCUACUUGUUUUUGCGGUUGACUUCCUUUGUGUCCAUUGUUAUUGGAUAUAAUAAGUGAAAUUUUAAAGAUGCCUAUAUUAUUCAGUGUAGUUGCCAGAGGCACAGUUGUUCUGGCUAAAUAUGCUACAUGUGCUGGAAAUUUUACUGAAGUAACUGAGCAAAUAUUAUCCAAAAUUCCUCCCCACGACGACAAACUUACCUACUCUCACGGGAACUAUCUCUUUCACUAUAUUGCAGAGAAUAAAUUAGUUUAUUUUUGCAUUACUGAUGAUAAAUUUCAAAGGUCGAGAGCUUUCCUCUUUCUCAAUGAAAUUAAAAGAAGGUUUACAACAGUAUUUGGGGAUACGGCCCAAACCGCCAUUCCAUAUGCUAUGAAUAGUGAAUUUGCAAGAGUACUGGCCACAGAAAUGAAACAUUACAGUGAAUCUAAAGACCUGGAAACAAUAUCAAGAGUCCAUGGUGAACUAGAUGAAUUAAAAAACAUCAUGGUUAAAAAUAUUGAUAGCAUGGCGAUGCGAGGUGAAAAAUUAGAGCUCCUUCUGAAUAAGGCUGAUAAUUUGGCAACAAAUUCGGUGCCCUAUAGAAAUACAGCGAGAACCCUCCAGCGUUCACUGUUUUGGAAGAAUGUUAAAAUGUAUGUCAUAAUGGCUGUUAUAUUUGGGUUCGCUAUUUACUUGAUCGGCGCCAUGGCUUGUGGUGGUUUGGCGUGGCAGUCCUGCGUUGGUUAAGUUAUAUUUUAUUCAUACCAUUCGUAGAUUUACUCGAUAGUAAUCAGUAUUGAGAAAAACCGAAUCUCCUUGUCCAUUUGACAUUGUCAAAAUGACUUUGACAGUUCGAUGUAGAUAGUCUGUAUUGCAACAGUUAAAUAUUAAAAUCUAUGAAGUGUCAAAACAAUUAAAAGUUUGUAGCUUAUUAAUAAAAUACAGUAAAACGGAAGAACUCAUUGUUUAGAUUUGCAUAACUGAUAAUUUACGAAAAAAGAAAUAAUUAUGUUCAGCAGACUUUCAAUUAAACAGUAUAAACUGUUAAUAAAUGUUAUUACGCAAUAAUUCGAGUAAAAACAUCUAAACAUGUGUAUGAACAGUAUUUUACGAGCUUGAAAUAAUUCUAAGUAUUAAUUGAUCGAGUAAAUAUACGAAUGUUUAUUAUAACCCCCUUAUAAAAAUCCGUUAUUUUCAGUCUUUCGUCUCUUUCUGUUAAACUGUGUUUACCCUAUGAUGAAAAGAGACGGUUAUGUUAAAACAGUGCAAUCGGUUUAAUUACAGUAAAUUCAAUUGUCGAAUAUAUGUUAUGUUAUCGAAUUGGCAUUUUGAAUAUAAUGAACCGGUUUCGUUAAUUAAAUCAGUUGUUAUGGUCAAGGACAUAAUACGAUAUAGUUUAAAACAAACAAGACCAGAGAAUGUAGACAAAUUAAUUUGUGAGCAUUUUUUAUUGUUAAGAGAUAUUUGUCUGUGGUUUGCCAGUAAUAUACGAAAAUAAUUAAAGGAUAUAAAUACGAAAUUAUUACAUUGUUGCUUUAACUUGAGCGCAUCGUCGAGUUACCUAAUGAAUUCACGUUUAUAUUGGUUAGGAAUUAUUUAAAGGAAUUGUUAAAUUAAACAUAUAACAGUUUAAUAAUUAUUAAAGACAUUUCAAGUAGUUCUUCAGCGGUUACCAUGACUUAACACAAGACUGAUGCACGCUUUAAAUAUUUGUGCUUUUUACAUUCCACACUAUUCCACACUAUACAAUUCACGAGAAAACUAACUUGUCAAUAGUGGUUGUGACCAGGGUUACUCCAUAGUACUUCAAAUAGUAUAUAGUAAUACAUAUUAAUACAAUUUUCUUUGACAUUAUGCCGUGGAAAAGGCAGUGUCUAACAGAGUGCCGAUUUGACAAAACUUUAAUAGCGUUGUGGAAAACUUGGAGUUAUUUAGAAAUAAAGGGAUUUGGAUUUGUAAUAAGUACUAAAUCUCUGGUUUUAAUGAAUCUAUUUUAACUUUAACACAAUCAACUGGCACUUGAUAACAAAAAUUUUCGUCUUCGUUAAUAUGUUAAGUGUUAAGAAUUAGUUGAUAAAAUAUUAUAAAAAUGUCUUUAUAAUAUUUUAUCUUAACACUAUAUAUUUCUACAAUCGCUUUCUUCAACUGUUAACUUCGAACAAAUGUAUAAACGAAUAUUACAACUAGAAUUUUCGAUUUUAG